UCAGCGUCAUGCUCUCCACGGCUUCAGACGUCGCCUGGCGCAGCUCAACACCACGGCUAGUAGCAUGGACACACGGCCAAGUACAAUUCGAAGAGUUCGCAGUAGAAGGAGGCGCGCAAAUUGUUUUAGAGGCUCGCAUUCAAACUGGCUUGGUUGCUUUGGAUGACCUGUCUGCCAUGCCGGGACCUUGUCCAGCGACGUCGAUGUGCUCGUUCGAAGGAGGCAUAGACUGCGGCCUUGAACCUGACUUGAACAACGCACGGGACUGGGCUAUCGUAAAUGGUUCAAGUUUCGACCUUCGUGACCACAGCACAGACAGUACAGCGGGGCAUCUCCUAUACUUAAACACGACUUACGUAAACCAAAAGCUCCAUUCAUUUGGCAGGGUGUUUAUGCCCGAACGUGGCGCAACCGCCGCGACAUGCUUGACGUUCUGGUGGCGUGCUUUUGGCGCUGACAGCACUCUUAAUGUGUAUAGCUUUCGCCCGGGGACGGGACUUGGUGACCCUGCGCUCACAUUUGUGACAAGUGAAAAUCCUUGGUGGAAUGCUCGCACGAUUACUUUUUCAUCGGAGAAGACAUGGCAGGUUGCGUUUGAAGCACUUGUACCAGAAAUGACAUUGCAAGAAUCAGGAGUUCUUCUCGACGACAUCGAGCUGGUUGAUGGCGUUUGCCCUCACGAGAAUUUCUGCACUUUCGAGAGUCCUACGUGUCUACACUGGAGAAACUCAGACGAAAAUAACGCGACGAGACGCUGGUCGCUGCAGCGAGCCGGUCUAUCGCCUGUCACCCGAGACCACACUUUAAACUCGGACGAAGGUCACUAUCUGCUAUUCAAGGAGGAUGACCCAGGGCAGCAGGCCGCUCUUGUGUUGACGGAUCGGCGGUACCGCUGUGCUACCCUGUGGCAUUACAUAUCGAAAGAGCCAAACAACUUGACAGUCAUAGUCGGCGGAGUUCCUCUUGCAACAAGUACCAGUGGUGAAUGGAAGCUGGCCGUUUUUUCAGUCGACCCAAUAAAUACGGCAAUAUCAGCCAUUUCUGGUGGUAGCCCUGAUGCCUUCGCGGCUAUCGACGACUUGAAGCUUCUACAAUACCCCUGCUACACUACACCCACACCAGUCAAGCCGCCGUUUGUGUGCGCUGAAUCUGGAAAAAAGGUCCCUGCCCAAGCACGGUGCAACUUCAUCGCGGACUGCUCGGACGGCUCCGAUGAGCAGGACUGCGGUUCGUGCUCUUUCGAAAACGGCACCUGCGGAUGGUCAGUCGAUGGGCCAGAUGUGCUCCACCACGAUGAUUUCUCCUGGAAGAGGCAGAGGGCUGCGGCUGCUCUGGGACCGAUGAGAGACCACAGCACAAACUUGCAACGUGGUCACUAUCUCCUCCUGCGAGCGAGUAAACGAAUCGAAGGAAAAACGAUGGUGGCUGAGGCGUCCAGUCCUACACUGCACAACACGGGUCACCUGUGUGUCGUCAAAUUUUGGUUCUACUACCGGGCUCCAAAUAAUACGCAUAAGCUUCUGAUGGAGCUGCACGUUAACGGGUUUCAAAUUGUGGUCUGGGAUUCUCCGGAACUUGCUGAAAACCCACGACAAGGAAAGUGGAACGAAGGCCAAUUUCUGCUCGGACGUUACCGCUCAGCAGUGCAGAUAUUCCUACGAGGCUAUGAUUCUCCAACUGACGACAGCUACACUGCCAUCGACGACAUAUCUUUCCAAGGCUGCGACAUGCCAGUGCCAACGUCACAACAAAGUCCAGGAAUGUUCACAUGCAAGAACAGGGUUGCAGUCGUAAUGGAGCAUCGCUGCGACUAUGUCGACCACUGUGGUGACUUAAGUGACGAAGAGGAUUGCGACGAAUACAAGUUUAGGUGCAACUUCGAUUCGUCGUUCUGCGACUGGGCUCCAUUGGAGGCAAGCCAAGGUGGUGGUUGGACAAGAGUAAAACCUUUCCCAUACUUGACACGUGGACCAACGCGAGAUCACACAAGUGGAGGAAAAGACGGUUCUUUCCUGUACUUGAAGUCAAAAGCGAAGACUGUCGUCGCAUCACUUGUGGGCCCUCAGUUGAAUGCCACCACUCUUUGUGUGAUGCGUUUCUACUACACGAUACAAGGCCCGACCAACGCCGUGCUCACUGUAAAAACUCGGAGUACUGCCGACGGUGAUUUCAACGAUGUGUGGAAAAGCGACCGCCCUACUGAGUUCCGCCACUUCACUGAGGCAUUUGUGCCCUUCCACGAAGCUUCAGAUUUCGAGGUGUUCAUCGAAGGCAGCAUUGAAGGAGGAAGGAAUGCCCAAGGUUACAUAGCGAUCGAUGACAUCACUUUCCUUGACAGCUGUCAUGCUGCUUCAGGUCCGCUGCCAAAGCGGUCAGCUGAAACCACCACUUCCGCACCAUCAAACUGUUCACAUGGCGAGUUCGCCUGCCUGUCCGUCGCCUACUGCAUUCCAGCGAGCCAGCUGUGCGAUUUCCUCAAACAGUGUCCCGACGGCUCGGAUGAAAGCCACUGCGGUGCCUGCGACUUCUCGGAGGACUCGUGCGGUCUGCAGCCCGCACGCACGCAGAGCCAGCCACGUUGGACCCGUCUGUCAGCCCUCAUGGUUUCCAAUAACCGAAUGCGUUUCCCUUCGCUGCCUUGGGAAGACAGUGACCACAACGAGCGUGGUUUCUACGCUGCCUUCCUCAAGACAGACGCCGCUGUUCCCAGUGGUCGCAACACAGCCUUGAUGACACCGCAGCUGGGGGCGAUGGGUCAUGCGUGCCGGCUCACCUUCUACACAUUUCUGCCUAAACAGCACUUGCCGGUAUACGUUUCCGUGGACGUUGUGGAAACACUGACAGAUACGGACAAGAUACGCACUCUCAGGAAAAAGGUGCUACGUGCUUGGGAGUACGAAGCACAAGUUACGUGGAAGAUGCAGGCAGUGAAUGUCGGAAACCGACGCCCCAGCACCAGAUUCUACUUUUCUGCCGGCGAAAACGCCAGCAUCGACGACAUCGAGUACCAUCACUGCCACCCUGACGAGAAAAAGGAAGAAUCCGUUAACUGCACUUUUGAAGAAAAGAUCGGGUGCGGUUGGUACCCAGAGAACAUUGCGGACUCUGGUGAUUGGGAAAUAAUCUCUGGCAUCCCUUCCUUAGCCGUACCGGACCACACCACAGGAAAUGGGAUGUACUUGGCGUUGGAAAACUUCCAAGAGAGUAGUGUCGUGGCGCACAUGGUGUCAGCGAAAGUGAACGCUACCGGCACGAGUGGUCGCUGUUUUCGCUUGUGGUACCACAUGCAAGGGGAGAGCAAGAGUCGGCUGACUCUGCGGAUAUUUAAUGUGUCCGGCCCUGAUUCGAGCAUAUGGACCAAGAGUGGGCAUCAAGGAAACAUGUGGAUCGAAGCAACUGUAAACAUCAAGGUCAUGGAUACCCCGUUUCAGCUACUGCUUGAGGGUGAACUCCCGGGUUACAGUCCGGGUUUUAUUGGUGUCGAUGAUAUUUCAUUCGACGAGCGGUCAUGCCCACCGACCCUGACCUGCAACUUUGAAGAGGGACCAUGUGAUUGGACAUUAAAUGGCUGGGCAUUGGACACUGGUAAAAAUUUCAAGGUUGUUCCAAGUGAUCACACUACUGGAACAAACACAGGCACCUUCGCUAGGCUUGAUGGACAGAGUGGUCGCCUUGUCAGCGCAGCGCACGACUUGAGUUUGGCAGAGCGGAGGUGCUUUCGCUUUUGGCACUUUUUCACAGGCCAACGCGAAAUGACUCUAAGCGUAUAUAAGCACGCAGCCGCUCCAGAAGAGUCUCGAAGGCUUGUGUGGACCAUCAAUGGGGAAGAUCGACUUCCGAACCAGUGGUCAUCCGGAUCAGUUAAUAUAGCUGUCAACGAUACCUCAUCCAUGCGGCUCGAAUUGGAGGGCAAGAACCCAUCGGGAAAUGAGAGUGGGCUUGCUGUCGACGACUUGUUCUUGUCUGGGUGGGAAUGCCCUAGACCUGGCAGCUGCAGCUUCGAGGACGACCUUUGCAACUGGAGGAACGUCGGCGGUAUUAAGAACCUCUCCUGGGAACGGUGGUCGGGCCCCACACCAGACCGCAGUGGACCCGCGGCCGACCACACUGUGGGCUCAAGACAUGGUUACUUCCUAUUACUGGAUGCCGAAUCUGCCAGGAAGAAUCGUGUAGGUAUCCUUGAAAGUGAACUACUCCACUACUCGCCCAAGAGCUGCCUCCAGUUUUAUUACUAUGUGGAUCCAGCAGGUACCCAAGCAGAUCUUUCGGUCGAGUAUGCGAGGCGCGGAGAACCGUUUCGGCACGUUCAAGUGUUGGCCAAAGAAAGAUCUGCGGGAUGGAAACUUUUCCGAAGUGUUCAGAAUGGUUUGCCUGAAGCUUACAAUAUCCGGAUUUCCGGGUACCCCGGGAAUGAUGAAGCAUUUGACAUAGCCAUCGACGACAUCGAAGUGUUCGACCAUGACUGCACCGAAAAUAUUCCACAGCGCGACGAUUCAAAAGAAUUCCGCAACUCAACCACGUGGGAUUGUGACUUCGACAUGGAUUUGUGCUCUUGGAACCAAUCGGAAAGCAUGUGGUUCAUCCGGUCUGGUCGAACAGCUAUAUUGAAGGGCGAUGGCCCACAUGUGGAUUCGAAGCUCCGUUCGCCGGAAGGAAAGUACGCUUACUACUCGCCACAGUCGUCAUCACCUAGCAGCCUUCUCACAAGCGCGCCGCUUCAACCUUCAAGGCAAGACUACUGUAUUGAGUUUUGGUACUUCUUCUACAGCCUGGCACCCGCGCGUCUGCUCAUGGGUCUAACAAAUGCAGACUCAAGUAGCAUCGAUCGAGUCAGCUGGCUUCAGCAGCGGGGAUUCGACCGCACUUGGCGGAGAGGAUCGUUCGUCGUGCCGAGCAAGGACGUCGCCGGGAAACGCCUGGCCAUGCACGUGCAGCAGCAGGAGGAAGACCUUGCCCUGGCAGAGGUCGCCCUCGACCAGAUGCGUGUGGCUCCAAGUGGGAGGUGCAGGCAUCCAGCUGGCUCCCUGUGCGACUUUGAAGGUGACGGUUUCUGCGGCUUCCAAGUGGACAGCACAGGAGGAGGGAAGUGGCGACUGGCAGGGGGAAGUAAGGAUGCACUCGCAAGUCAGUACAGCGACCACACAUUCGGAGAUUUUCACGGAGGCCACUUCUUGCUCCUACAUCUCAACGAGCAGAAGCCAAAACAAGAUUCUCCUUACGUAGCAACACUGGUCCUACCUGACCAGCCGCCAACGAAGGGGCGCUGCCUGACUCUGUGGUACUUCGUAGAUGGCACCGGUGUAGGACACCUGAACGUUUCGGUACGAGCACCGGGAAGCACGAUGCCUACCUUGCAGGACGUGCUGUUCGGGAUCCCCUCAACUGGAUGGCGGUAUGCAAGUGCAACGGUGAAGUCGGCUUCGAUGCACGAGGUUCUCCUGACAGCCGAGGUGGAACAGGGCGGUCUGGUAGCGGUGGGACUUGACGACAUAUCGCUUAGUGAAGGGCAAUGUCCCGAGAACGGGCACUGUGACUUCGAAGGGCCUGACAUGUGCGGGUGGGAAAACGCUGACUCUGGCGUGCAAAGAAUGUGGGUGCGAAAUCGAGGUUACACCCCGAAGUCGUCUUCCGGACCCCGCGCCGACCACACUCUGGGAACUCGUGAUGGGACAUACGUGUACUUGGAUGGCAGAACAAGAAGAGACGAGAAAAUUUACACCGGCAUACUCAAAUCUCAGCGCUGGACUGGAAGCAGCGCUUACUGCUUUUCCCUCUGGCUCCACAUGGGUGGCACAGCCGUUGAGCCUAGCACCGGCUCAGUACGCGUGAUCGUUGCCUACGUCAACGAGUACAGCAGAGAAAAACGGGAAUCCGUUAUAGUGGUCACGGGAAACCAAGAGAAGCGAUGGCACCAAAAGAAGGUUACGAUCAGUCCUGUUAGCAGUUCCUCUGUGGAAUUUGUGGAAUUUAGUGUUCUUAUUGCUGGAACAACUGGAGGGUCCCAAGGAGGAAACAUCGCUAUAGAUGAUAUCAAUAUGAGCCAUGGUCCUUGCCACGAAAGCUUGGAAACGAAGUUCCGAUGCCACGACGGCAUUACCCUUGUGAACAUUUCUCAGGUGUGCGAUUUUAAUGAGGAUUGCCCGGUAAGUGGUGAUGAUGAACAACUGUGUGGACAGUGCGACUUUGAUCUUGACACUUGUGGCUGGUUCAGUGAACAUGAUUCUGCUAGUUGGAACUGGACGAUAGCCAAAGAUGUCGAAGUCAACUCACCUCUACCGCGAAAGGACCAAAAUAUGGGGGAUGCGCAUGGCGGUUAUGUUUACACUGCCUGGCGUGAUCACGUCAUCGAAGCAGGAAAACUUCUGCACAGCCCUAAUAAUACGUACCGCCUAAAGCGCUCCGGAAAAGACUGUACCCUGUCCUUUUGGUAUUUCAUCUCUGGGUAUUCCGCUGAGCUCAAUGUGCACAAGUACAUUCUUGACCACGACGCUAUACUAUGGUCAGUCGAAAAAGGAGGAGGAAAUGUAUGGACGAAGGGGCAAGCAACAAUUGGGCGCAGCCAAUCGGAAUUUUCUCUGGCCUUCGAGGCUGAUUCCUGGAUGUCAACAUCGAAAGCGUUUAUUGCUGUCGACACCGUUAGCUUUGAAAACUGUGCUUUGCCAACCUCUUCCCCUGGGAACUGCACUGAAUCGCACGAUUUUAUGUGUCCAGAAAGCAAUGUUUGCAUCAGAAGAAGCCAGCUGUGCGAUCAUGUCGACGAUUGUGGUGACGGCUCAGACGAAGCCGCGGAUAUCUGCCAGAAUUACACAAGUUGCACAUAUGAGCCAGGAGCUGAUCCCUGUGCCUGGCAGUCCGUGAGACCAGAACACAAGGCACAGUCCCUUGUGUGGAACAUCUACACUGUUCCAUACUUAAAGUUCGAUCGAAACACGGGCCCGCACACCGAUCACACGAUGGGCGGUCUCGGUGCGGGCCGCGUGCUUUUGCUUCGACCCUCGGAACGGGGCCAUUUUAACAGCACGGCUUUUUACAGAAGUCCCAAUUACGUCGCCGAUAAUGAAGGCUGCUCAGUGAGGUUUCACUACUUCAUUCACGGCCAGGACGUUGGCGGAAUCGCUCUUUUUGCUCAGUACCAGAACUACACAGAAAAGUCGCAAUGGGAGAGUCUCUACGAAGUCAAGGGGCCGAGGGACCAAAGUUGGAUUCGAGCUUCAGCCGUUCUUUAUAGCAAUAAACCCUUUUGCUUUGUCAUCGAGGGAUCAGUAGGUGUUGGCUACGCUUCUGACAUAGCAAUAGAUGACAUUUCCGUAAGCCCCGGCUGCAUGUCGUACAAUGGCACGCUUCCUAAUCCAGCUCCUCCGCCCAUGCCAAAAUGCAGGCAUUUUCAAUUCGCAUGCAGCGAUGGCGGGUGCAUUCCAGACCAUCAGGUGUGUGACUUUGAGGUAGAUUGCGCGGAUGGCUCAGAUGAGGAAAUGUGUGGACCAUGCAACUUUGAAAAUGGCACUUGUGGAUGGAUUGACGUAAGUAGAGGAGCAAACGGAUGGCAAAUAAUGCAAGCCAAAGAUCUAGUAGAACCAGAGAGUGACCACUCUACGCAGAGCGCAGUUGGUCACCUGGUGACUUUAAAGACUCAAAGGAGUUCUUCCAAGGCGGCCAUGCUACUUAGCCCAGUGCUUCCGCCUUCUUCAUCGCGAUGCUCAAUGAGCUUCUGGUACUACUACAACGACAACCUGGCCGCUGUAAAGCUCAACGUACUUUAUGUCUUGUCCGAAAAUACGAGUUCGGUACUUGCUGAAGUUACUCCGUCCAUCGGAUGGACAAAAACUGUGUUGGGGGUUCCACGACGAGAAACAAGAGACGCAAAGAUUGCAUUCCACGCUAGCAUAAUGAAGUUGAACAGAAUGCGGAACAUUGGCAUUGAUGACAUAUCUUUCUUAAACUGCCGUCCUAGCUCGGUACUGAUAGAUUGCUCAUUUGACCACGUGAUUAACAGCAACAGUUUCUGCCAUUGGCAGAACACCAGGAAUGAAAGUGAAGCAUGGAAAGUUGUGUUUCCAAGAAAUAGCUAUGACGGCGUAGGCCCUACCGCUGACCACACAAGUGGUCGGGGUGGCUAUGCCAUAUUUUAUUCGAAAGGUACAGUCACAACAAGUAUUGCUUCUCUUGAAAGUGCCGAAAUCCGGCCAUCGGCAAACAACUUGAGCUGCUUAACCUUCUGGUAUUCUAUGAACAAUGGCAAUGAACUCAGCUUGGUUAUAGAAGCAAAAUCCGCCCGAAAUUCAGCCGUCAAAUUUGACAAGAAAGGUGCUGACACGUCCGGGUGGAAUUUUGGGGAACUUCCAGUUUCGCUUCAAGAACAUUACACAUUCACAAUUUCCGCAGUGUUAUCCAGCAAAGCAAUAGAGGGAGCAUUCAUUGCAAUUGAUGACGUCACAUUGUCAGAAGGUCCAUGUCGUCGAGAAGGUUUCUGUGAUUUUGAAACAGAUUUUUGUAACUGGAAGCUUGAAAAGCAAGGGCUCAGCGAUGGCUGGAAACAAAUUUCGGCGGCGACGGAUACUGUGGUCGGUCCGACCCACGACCACACUCUGGGUACUGCUUACGGUCACUACGCUUUAGUUGUACCUAGGCGUCAAGGAGAUAGAGCCUCAUUGUAUUCACCAGUCCUGGAGAAGUCACGUUACCGUUGCCUUCGAUAUUGGUUCAACAUGGCUGGCAAUGGUGCUGGAACGCUUUCAGUUUACCAGCGGCUAAACGGAUCAUCUAGCAUUGAUGACCUGAAACCUGCAUGGAGUCGUUCGGGAGAUCAAAUGGGAGCUUGGCGUCGAGGUCAUGUCACACUGCAUAAUCUGCUUCGAUACCAGGUGGUCAUUGAGGCGUUCACAACGACAGCAAAUACAAGUAGUUACUCGCAUAUUGCUCUAGACGAUGUGGAGUUCAGCUUCGAGCCAUGUGAAGACACAGUUACAUGCUCUUUCGAGAGUGAUGCCUGUGGUUGGCUCAGCGACACAAACAGCUCGAAGAUGCCUUGGAUAAGAACGACUGGUUAUAAAAGUGUGGCCGUAGGAGGACCAGACUUAGACGUGACUACGUCGAGUUCUUAUGGAAGUUACAUGCUGGCGAAGGUCGGUAACACAAAUGGACGUACUAAAAUAAUUUUGCUGUCUGACUAUGUGGAUGUUCAACGACAAAACAGUUACUGCUUUUCUCUAUGGUACAUUUUCUAUGAUACUACAGACUCUUCACUCCUGGUCAUGAGUGAAAAAGAUGGCGAUACGAAUCCUGAGCUUUUGUUGAACUUGACUGAUGGACAGACUUGGGCAAAGGAAGAGGUCGUAGUGCUGACAGGUGAAGAAGACCAGAGGAGCUUUCAAAUAAUUGCGCAAUCUGACAGGAAAGCUAACCAGUCCGCUCUAUCAGGAAUCGCCAUAGAUGAAGUAGAAUUUUUUUAUGGAAGCUGUAAAGAAGGCAGAAGGCCAUCAACUGUUGAAAGAUCUUCACUACGCUACCCUCCUCACCCUCUUGACUGCGACUUCGAGCAGAAUGACUGCGCAUGGACGAAUGGCACUACAAGCGGUACUAGUGUCUGGUUGCGUAAGCUUUCCACCGGCGGCGGUAAUCUUGGACCUUGGCUACCAGAAACUGACCACACGACAAAGUCUGUUUACGGAAGCUUUGCGUAUCUGGACUUCGCGUCUACUGUAGCCUUUGAGCAACUAUCAAACGAUAAUGCUAUACUGGAGAGUGAAUUUCCGCUCCACGUAGACCGAGACGGUGCGUGCCUGAAGUUCUGGUUCUUUGCGCUUGGCGAAACUGUUGCGCCAUUGACCCUUCGAGAAAGAGAUGCGGUAACGCGGGCCUCACGUGUGGCAUGGACGAACUUUGGUUCAAAAGGACCCCAAUGGACCUACGCACGUGUGCAUUUCGAGGGUGACAGCGCUGUGUUCUUGAGCUUUGAGGCCUCAAAGGUUCAAGGUGGCUAUACGGCUCUCGACGACAUUGCAGUGAACGUUGGUCCAUGUCCGACGCCACCACUGUGUGACUUUGAAGCUGAUGACUGUGGCUGGCGCGCCAGGGAUGGCAGCGUACAGCUUCACUGGGAGAGACUUCCUGCUGAGGACGCUAUUGGAAGCAAGGAUCACACCUUUGGUUCUGAAAGCGGGCACGUUCUCGCCGUGAAUACGUCGAAACAAGGGGCAGAGAAAGGUGCAACAGUCACAGCGUUUAGCGAAACACAAGAAGCUAGGAGCAGCGGAUGCGCUCGGUUUUGGUACCAGUUAAGCAGUGGACACAAGCUGUCACUGGGCACAAGUCAAGGAGGAACACUAAGACCCGAAGCCAUGUUCAGAAAGAGUCAGUUACACGGAAGUGGUGUCUGGCAUUCAGCUCAGGUCAGCCUAAAAUACAUUCCAACAAUGCCAUUCGAGUAUUACCUGCAAGUUACGUUGGAUUCAAAGGGAGGAGUCGCUGCUGUGGAUGACAUCCAGCUCCUCAGUCACUGCUCAAAUCUGGGCUCUUGUGAUUUUGAAACAGACUUCUGCCUUUGGGAAAACGAGCCAGUGUCUUCCGGGUCAGCUUUGUGGGGCAGAUUCACCGGUCGAUCUCACAUGUUUGGGCCAGAGGUGGACCACACAUUCAGUGAGUCAUUCGGCACUUACGUGGCCAUUAAGAACAACAUAAACACCACCGAUCUUCCAUCUGCUCUUGUUUCUCCUCUUCUGUCAAAAUGUGACAUCUGCUUCAGUUUUUGGUCUUACCACGUUGGAUCUGUGCCGCACAUGCUGAAUCUGUUUCUUAGAACAGAAUCAGGAGACGAUCCUGUUGAAUACUCCGCCACUGCUGAUGUGAGCGGCCGAUGGGUGAAAGCUCAAACAAACAUCUCAACAACUGCGGAAGAGUGUCGCAUCGGCUUCAGUCUGACUUUUCCUGCUUUCCGUUCUUCCCUCCUGGCACUAGACGAUUUCAAUGUUGUUACUGGGCGCUGCAAGCCUUUGGAAGACACAAAUCACCCUGAAUUCAGCUGUGACAACGAGACAAAGCACCUGACACGUGAUCGGAUAUGCAACUUCGAAAAUGACUGUGCUGAUGGCGAAGAUGAGCAGUAUUGCGGUACUGAGUGCAGCUUCGAAUCUAAAGACACAUGUUACUGGAAAGUGAGUGGUACGGGAGCGAAGUGGUCUCUUGAACAGGCGAGGAACAACAGCUUAGCCGAGCCAACACAAGACCACACCACAGGGACAAAAGAUGGUAGUUUUCUCCGCUUCAGAAUUAAAUCUGCGUACGAUAACGAACGCUCCGCUGUGAUCGUUAGCCCAAACCUCAUUGACGCAUCUCCCACCUGCACGCUUGGAUUUUGGUACUACUCCACUCUUACAUCACAACGCGCAAUUAUUAAGGUGACGUACGGGUUCCUUUCUAAGUUAAGACUACAAGACACGACGAUACUUUUAAUGAGUGGACACAAUGUAACUUUCGAGCGGAAAAAGUGGAGGUACGCGACGGCGCGAAUAGGAAGAGUUUCGGAGCGAUUUUCCGUUAAGUUCCUGGGAAACUUCAAGUCCUUUGACAAGACGUUUCUAAUAGACGAUCUCAAGUUCUCACACUGCAACAGGAAUGAAGCUGUAUGGGUAGCAGGAGCAGGAAAGUGUCCACCACGUUUUUUUAGUUGCGCCAAUGGAAACUGUAUCCCGAAAGAAACCGUAUGUGACUUUAACGACGAUUGCGGGGACCUGAGCGACGAGCGGUUGAGCCCCAGAGUGAAAUGCACAUCAUUCCCUGCUCGUUGCGAUUUUGAAGAUGGUGUUUGUGAUUGGAAAGUAGAAGAUGCAGCUUGGGGGAGGCGUCUAAAUGAAAGAGAUGAAAGCAUGCGCAUUAACGACGACCUCAGAGAUCACACUACGAACUCGCUGUACGGAAACUUCUUGCGAUUGUCGUUUGCAGAUCAAUCACUUAAAAGUGGAAUAUUUUCUAGUCCAAUUAUAGCUGUGACAAAAGAUGCUGAGUGCUCUUUACGUUUUUUUUAUACAUACCAAACAAGAUUCACCCACUUGGACUACAGGCUGUAUAGCCUCAGCGCCGGAAGCUUGGCAGUGUACGUUCGUUUUGAUCUUCUCGGAGAAAAGCGCAUUGUUUGGAAAACGUCUAAUGUAUUUGGGCAAUACUACGAACGGAAAAUAAUUGCUCUGAAAACAUUUGAUGGCCCUAUGCAAAUUUUGAUUGAGGCAACUGCUGGUACCGACCUGAAUGGAGCCUGGGCUAUUGACGACAUUUCGUUCACAGACGGCUGUGCAGUUUCAUCUCUGGUCUCUCUACCUGUACUAGCAUCAGAAGCGACGACAAAGGCACCAUACAGUUUAUGCAGCUCUGAAGAAUUUGCUUGCCCAGAACGAACAUGUAUUUCUUUAUCUCGAGUCUGUGAUUUUGUUGAAAAUUGUCAAGGUGGUGCUGACGAGGAGAACUGUGCAACCUGCAACUUUGACAGCGGCACCUGCGGCUGGCAAGAUGUGAGCUCUGGCAGGUACUUGUGGGAAAGGCUUCAAGCUGGCCGCAAUAGUACCGAUCCAAGUUCAGACGUUUCAGGCAAAGGAUUCUUUAUGGGCGUUACCGCGGGGUAUGGAGUCGUUUCUAGCAGUGCUGUUUUGAAAUCGGUUCUGCAUGGCGCUUCCAGUGGUUCGUGCUACUUACAAAUGUUUUACUAUGCCAAUAACGUGGUCCCAGGUACGGACAUUUUGAAGCUAAGUAUUCUAGAAGAAAAUUCAUCGUCAGAAACAGUCCUGCUAGCGCUGCGAUCCUCUGAAAGCGACAAGUGGAACAAAGUUUCUGUGGAAAUUGGCCGUCGAGUGCGGAGGGGAUGGUCGUUAAAGCUUGAGGCCACACCAUCUACUCCACAAACUGCAAUUGCUGUGGACGAAAUCAGCUUAGUUAAGUGUGACCGGUCUCCUCUUGGCAGUGACUGCGAGUCUAAAGGUGAGCUGUCUUGCAAAGAGCCUCGCGGCAUUUGCUAUAGCAGAUCCCAGCUUUGCGAUUGGAAUUUAGACUGUCCGGAUGGUUCAGACGAGUUGGACUGCAGCAGUUUUCCAGAAAGGUGCAACUUUGAGAAUGGGAUGUGUGGUUGGACAGAAGAACUCAAUCAAGGCCAUGCACGCUGGCGCGUCACUAGCGGUGAUAAAUUAUCAGAUUACGAUGAGCCUACAUUCGAUCACACGCUUGGAAACUCCUCCGGGCAUUUCCUAUUCCUUAGAAAAGAAAACCUUGAGAAAAGUCAUGCCAGUUUGAAAAGUGUUCAUUUCAAAAGGACAACGACGCGGAAUUGUAGGCUUCGUUUUUGGUACGUGAUUUCGGAGAACGCCGCACUGGACAUCAAUAUUUUAGACUUGCAGUCGAAUGAGCUUCACAGAAUACAUCAACUCUGCGGAAACGACACUGUUUAUGGGUGGCGAAGAGUUGAUGCAAGUUUGUCUUGCCCAAGUGACUUUCAAGUUGUUCUGAAUGGAUGGCCCGAAGGCACCAUCGCAAUUGACGAUGUCUCAUUCACACCAGACUGUUUCAUCUCACAGUCUUCUGUCGUGCCGACAGUUUCACCAGGAAAUAAGUGCAAUGAUGAAACAGAAUUCAGAUGUAAGGACAACAGCUGUGUUUUGAAAGAACUGGUUUGUGAUUUCAAACCAGAUUGUCCGUUUGGCAGCGACGAAGCACAAUGUCCUUCUUCAUGCAGCUUUGAGCAUGGAGACUGUGGUUGGAGCAGCCCAAAUUUGCCUGAGAGAGCGAGCUGGCGUUCCUUGACAGCCAUGGAAGCAAGAGAGCGCAUAAAAAGCAGCCCCGCUUUGGACGUAACAAAAAAUAGCUCUUCCGGUAGUUAUCUCUUCUUCUACAUGGCCCAUGAUGGCGACAAGAUAGACGAACCAAUAAGAAUGCUCACCAAAACUUUCCAACAGUCUACUCCUGACUGUAAAAUAUCAUUUUAUCAUUGGCUCACGAUUCCUGUCAUACAUGUGCGACUACUAGUUAUGGCUGACGGUUCUGAAGACAUAUUAUUGUGGGAACGCACAUCCAAUAAAUUGGCUAAAUCUUGGAUUUUCGAGUCGAUUGGCGUUGGACGCCGAAGCGGCCGCUUUCGUCUCGCUUUUGAACUUGACUCGCCAUCCAGAGGCGGUGGGCUACACUUUGCUUUGGACGAAGUACAUUUUGUAGAUUGCGGCUACCCUAAAAAUAAUAAGUUCUCUGGCGAACCCUGCUCAAAGAAAGACACGUUUAGGUGUAAAUCGCGAAAAUUCUGCAUCGCUAGUGAAAAGACGUGUGACCUUUAUGACGACUGUGGUGAUGGAAGCGAUGAAGUAGGAUGUAAAAACCAAAGGGUGACUUUUGAGGAUGAGAACACUGGCGUUCUUGCAUUUGAAAAUCCAAACAGAGAGGAUAGCGAAGGCCCGUCACAGUUUGUACGUGGAAGGUCCCCGUUACGAAAGGACCACGACACGGGACCGCUUUUUGAUCACACAACAUUCAACAGGUCUGGGGUAUACGUGGAGUUUGGUGGGGCCUUUCACGGUUUCAACAAGAUGGCCACACUGUCUUCCCUCACUCUACUACCCGGCAGCUGCCGCGUGUCCUUCCACUCGUAUAUGUUUGGUCGUCAAGUAAAUUUGUUGACCCUUUAUUUACGGUAUUUCAAGAACAGCAGCAACUCGGCGAAGGAAGUCUGGCGCCAAGAGGGUUCAAAAGGAGACUUUUGGGAACGUCACCAUGUGGACGUGACGGAAGGGAAAGACCGACAGCUUGUGUUUUCCGUGCGUACUGGAAAAGGACCAGAAGACGUCAUAGCCCUUGAUGACAUAAGCUUCAGCGAAGACUGCAGGUUUACGAUGAAAAGUCUCGUGGAUGAAUCAAGUGCCUCUAGCUCGUCUACAACAGCUAAUCCGAAAUCAGGACACUGUGACCAGCAAGAGUUUGCCUGCCUCUCCGAUGGCGUAUGUCUGCCUUCUGACCGUGUGUGCGACUUCCGCAAGGAUUGCACUGACGGCAGCGACGAAACAAAUUGUGUGCAACCGAGCUGUGACUUCGAGAAUGCUUAUCUUUGCGGGUGGGCCGUGACGAACAACGCUUCGCUGUUGGUUCCCGUUCCUGCAACUGGACGGUUCACCACCUAUUCGCUGGAAAACGAAUUCACAUGGAAGCAUAUUCAGGCCAAUGACCCGUCUGACAGGGCAAACAUCGCUAUGCGGCCUGAGAUGGAUCAUUCGGAAGGCACCGAGCAGGGUUGGUACGUUCUGGCUAACUCGGCGUACGGCAGACCGACCGACGCCAGUCUGCUGUACUCGCCGCAUCCACUGUCGCGCACGGCGGGCACCUGCCGGCUCCAGGCAUGGCACUACUGCUCCGAUGACUGUCCCCUCCAGCUGCUAGUCUACUCAUCUGGGUAUGGUGUCCACGAGAGGCCAUUAUGGACCGCCUUCCGCAUGCGCCCGAAGGAGUGGAUGCAAGUGAAGGUGCCACUCGGAAUCGUUCGAGGCGCUCGUCUUGCGUGGCGUGCUUGGAGGGGCAGAAAUCAGCGGCUUGUUCAAGCUCUCGACGAACUAAACUUUCUCUCCUGUGAUCCACCAACAGAUCGAGGCUCCACUUGCCCUGAAGAUAAGUUCAGAUGCAUCAAGGACAACUGGUGCAUUGAAAGAAGUCAGCUUUGUGAUCAAACGUGGGACUGUGAGGAUGGUAGUGACGAGACAACCGUGGCAUGUUCCUCAAUAAGGAGUAGGUGUUCCUUUGAAGAUGUUCACUGUGAAGAUUGGGCAAACGACGCAGCCAGAUAUGCUGAGCUACGAUGGUCAAGAAGGAUCGCUCCUGUGGCAGAAAGCAGCUUACCCAUGACCGAUCACUCCACAUCAAGCGGCCAAGGUGCUUAUGUGGCUGUGUACAGUCCUUGGGAUGAGCCAGCGGAGGGGACCAGCCGCGCUCGCCUGGCAUCUUACGUCAUCAGCGCAGCCCCUAGGCUUCCUUGUCACGUGCGGUUCUGGUAUAACGUGCCCAAACGAGGAGUCGCACUGGACGUGUACCGCCAGACGAGCUCAGAAACCGGCGGGGAAGAUCACAUAUUGACGCUGCCGGUGACAGGAGAAGAUAACUGGGAACGCGCUGACAUCGAUCUCGGAAGCCACGAGGAAGUAUUCAGGGUUGUCAUAGAAGCGGUGUUCAGUAGCAAUGCAACACACCAGGGUGCCGCCUUAGAUGACAUCACCAUGACCGACGGCUGUCGAAGAGCGGAUCGUGAACUGCCUGGAAAAGCCCCAGCGAGUCAAACGAAUCCGAGCACGGAAUGUGGUCCGGAGCGUCUCUCUUGCGACUACGGGGGCUGCUACUUGCCUUCGCAGCGGUGCAACUUCAUUGUGGAUUGCAAGGAUGCCUCUGACGAAAGUGGCUGCGGAGCGAGCUGCAACUUUGAGAAAGACCUUUGUGGCUGGUUCAGCUCUUUGUCCGAAGAGGAGAAGUGGUACAGAACGCUCGGAGACACGAGUGAUCACACUUUAGGAACUACUGAGGGCCAUUACCUGAGACCAGGCAUCGGCCUCCAGAAACAUUCAUCUGGUGCGCGCGCACAACUCCAUUCCAACAUUUUCAAAGAAUCAGGACCAGAGUGCAUCUUCUCGUUCUGGUUCUAUUCCGCCGACAAGAUAAACAUGUCCUUCCUCAACGUUUAUGUGAAGCAAGCCAAGGUUGCACCAAAGGUGGAGAAAGUUUUAUCAUUAGCUGAGAAUGCCAUGACCCAGAAACGUUGGAUGCCGAUUAAAAUCAAUGUCGGCAGGCGAGUUGCGUUUGGUAUGAUCGUGGAAGCUGUGUGGGGCUCAAGUGGUCAUUCAAGCCUUCAUCUUGAUGACUUCCUCUACCAGAAAUGCAGGCCAGACCACCAUGCCAGCAGCUGCGCGGAGAGUGAAUGGAUGUGCGCCAACCUGGCCCAGUGUGUUUCCCAGUUCGAACGCUGUGACGGGAAGAGAGACUGCUCGGACGGCAGCGAUGAGCGGGACUGCGUCCACGGAUUUGGGGACUGCAGCUUCGACGAAGAAGACUGGGCAGCGGCCUGCAACUGGACAGUCGACGACAUUGGCGGACAACCAUCCUGGAAGCGAGCAAAGGAAUCGCACUCUGAGGACACGGGACCUCCAAGCUCUCAUCGUGGAACACCAGGAACCUAUUUCCUGCUCGCCAACAGUACCGAGCUGCCACUGGGGUCGGUAGCAGUUGCCCGCACGCCUCAGUUCCCAGCAAGCCAAAACAAGUGCCAUCUCAGGUUCUGGUAUUUCAUGAGAGGUUCACCAUCCAUGCAGUUUCUCCGGGUAGAGACAGAGGGUGGCGGCUCGAGACUGCCCAUGUGGCAAGAGCUCGGACCUCAGGGAUCCCUGUGGGCGUAUGCGCACGUGAUGAUCGGUCACCCGCAGCCAUUCGCGGUCGCCUUCCUUGCACAGCGUGGAGGCGACGCACUCACUGACAUCGCCAUCGACGAAGUGACCUUCACACCUUCUUGCCUGCUAGGAGGUACUGAUCAUACCGAAAAACAUCCGUCCUUGUGCACCCGAGACGAGUUUUUGUGCGCGGACAAGAGGAUGUGCCUCCCCCGAAGUUUCGUUUGUGACUGCGAUAACGACUGCGAAGACGGGAGCGAUGAAACAGACUGUGGAAUGACAUGUAAAGCAGGAGCAACAACAGCUAGUGGGAAAGCGACCGGUCGCCCACUGUCCCCGGCUUCUUGGUCAGUGUACUCAACGCCAAGCUCGCUUUGCGCUGCUCCCGGCGCAUUCAGCUGCGGUAGUCGAAAUGGUCCUUGUAUUCCUGGUCUGCUUCUCUGCGACGGUGUGCCUGACUGCCCGAAUGCAGAGGACGAAUGGCAAUGUGAUGGCAAAGGCACUUGCCCUGAUGGUUACUACUACUGCCGGGACCCUUCCUCCUGUUUGCACAAAUCCAAGCUGUGCGAUGGCCGUGCCGACUGCAACGACGGAUCAGAUGAAUCUCUUUGCAACGCCUGCCCUGAUUACUUUUGUCGCAACGGAGGCAGCUGCAAGCUGGCACGAAGGACAGGUGCUCCGCAGUGCGGCUGCCUAGGCAUCUUUGGGGGAAACCGCUGCGACCGGGAGUUCACAGUGGGACCUCCAUCUCCAGUGGCGCAGACCCACGUGGCUGGUUGGUCCUACGGGGCGCCUCUUAUAAUUAUUUUUAUGGUUGCUUCUGUCAUCGUGGCCGUCUAUUUUUGGAGAAGAAGAGUGUCAACAGGGGAGGAAACUGCGCCUGUAACGAUCAACAACCCAACUUACGGGCUGUACCUCGAUGAAGGAGACACCAGCACAUCGGCAGUUAACCCCCUCUGCAGCGACUGUUGAAGGAAUGUUGUGGCUGACGUCAGUGUUUUUCUUAAUCUCUAAUCAUAUUCUACCUGAAAGGUAAAAUAAAAUAUACCUCGGAAA